AGUCUGGGCCAACGAUAGGUGUAUGGACUGUUGGGUUUAUGAACGCGUCGAUGCAAUCGAGGGGUUAAGUUCCAUAGCAACACUGGAGGUCAUUUGAGUUCAGUAGAGCGAACGGGUUGUGGUAGACAGGAGACAACCUCCACUCGCGUAAACAAGGAACCAUUGUACAGUGCUUGUUCUCCGAGUCGGGUCCAGUUGCCUGUUCAAGUCGGUGCAGUAACAGGAAACGAAGAUGUUUAGCAGGUCGUUGGUAAGGACAGGACUGCUUGCCUGCAAACAGGACAGCAUAGCUGGGACGAAAUGCGCCUUGCCAGCCCUACUGAACGUUGGUGACAGACGACAAGGUGCGUCUUCGUCAGCCGCUGUCAUUAAUGCGAAUAAACAAAAAACGAUGGAGGAUUUGGACGGUCCCAGUCUCCUUACCUCCCUGUACUGGCUGUUUGGGAAAGGUUACUUUCAGACAACGCAUCAAAUGCAAAUUGAACACUGCAAGAUAUAUGGUCCCCUGUGGAAGUCUAAAUACGGACCGUUGGUGAUUGUGAAUGUGGCCAGUGCUGAACUGAUUGAGCAGGUGCUGAGGCAGGAGGGGCGGCUCCCCGUCCGUACUGACAUGCCCCACUGGCGAGGCUACAGGGAGCUGCGUAACCAUGCCUACGGCCCCCUCACAGAAAUGGGGGCAGAAUGGCAGAGAAUCCGAAGCAUUCUGAACCCUAGGAUGCUGAAGCCCAAGCACGUGUCAUUGUACACCAACGCCAUCAACGACGUGGUCACGGACUUCAUCAAGAAAGUGGACUACCUCCGGAAGACUUCAGACGAUGGGGUUAUGGUCAAGGAUAUGGCUGGGGAGUUGUAUAAGUUUGCUUUUGAGGGUAUUUCCUCCGUGCUGUUUGAGACACGUCUGGGCUGCAUGAACGAGAAGGUGCCCGAGGAGACGGAGAAGUUCAUUUUCUCCGUGGGAGAGAUGUUCCGCCUCUCCCCGAUCGUGGUGCUCUUUCCCAAGUCCACCUGGCCCUACCUGCCCUUCUGGAAGCAUUUCGUGGCGGUCUGGGACCACCUGUUCACCGUAGCGGAGGACCUGGUCCAAAAGAAGAUGGCGGACAUCCAGGAGCGUGUGAAGAAGGGGGAGCCCCUUUCGGGCGAGUAUCUCACGCACCUGCUGAUGAGCGAGCAGAUGUCUGUCCACGAGGUGCUGGGGAGCAUCACUGAGCUGCUACUGGCUGGAGUUGACACGACGUCCAACACCAUCUCAUGGGCACUGUACCACCUUGCCAAAGAGCCAGGCAUCCAGGAGCAGCUCUACCAGGAAGUGGAGAGCGUCUGCCCGGGAGACAAGGUGCCCACCAGCGAUGACUUCGCCAGGAUGCCCCUACUGAAGGCUAUCAUCAGGGAGACGCUACGGUUAUACCCAGUGGUGCCCGGGAAUGCCCGCUUCACUGUUGAAAGUGAGAUUGUGGUGGGUGGACAUCUCUUCCCCAAAGAGACUCUGUUCCAUCUGUGUCAUUACGCGGUGUCCUACGAUGAGAACGUGUUCCCCGACCCCCACGCCUUCCUGCCCCAGCGAUGGCUCCGUGGAGCGGACAAGCAGCUCAACCAGCACCCCUUCGGUUCAGUCCCGUUCGGUUUCGGCAUCCGGGCUUGUCUGGGCCGACGGGUGGCUGAGCUGGAGAUGUACCUGAUCAUGUCACGGUUGAUGAAACGUUACGAAGUACGCCCAGACCCUGCCGGCACGACCGUCAAACCAAUCACGCGGACUCUUCUGGUCCCGGCCACGCCCAUGCACCUGCUGUUCUUGGACAGGAGAGCAGUGGAGGAGGAGCCACGAGAACCUCAGGCUGUUGCCGUGUGAUGUGUUAGAAUGCAUUCCACCUGCAAAGGCAUUCCACAUUCCAAUGCACACACACACUGGAAGGCAAGCACACAGUGCACAUUAGUUGCCAGGUGGAGAUUUUGAAAAGCCUAGCCCUCUAGGCUAGUCUCUAUGCAUUAGCUGAAGUUCCAGCAUAUUGAUCAUAUAGUGCAAAGUAUACAUGCUGCUUGAGCCCCUAAGCACCUUAUACAAAUAUAUACAUUUUUCUGCACUGUCAUUUGUGUCACUAGUGCCACUGAGGGGCUCUGCUUUUACUGAGCUCUUGCAAAUAACGACCAUUUUGUUUUUAUCAUACGAAAGAGGACUACUCUAUAUCUGCCUAUUUCUGUGUGGUCAAUGUUGUCAGAUGAAGCUGUUGCCAGAAGGCAUUUGUUGUACAAAGGGAAAAUACCUUGCUUUACGGCUAGGGCCUUUUUAAUGUUGUUUUUAUAAUUUUAUCUUGUAAAUAUACUAAUUGUUUUUGUGGUAUUUAAAUCAUGACCUGGACAAUAAUGUUGUCUGACAAUCACCAUUUAAUAGUUCUCUGCCCACUACACAGGACUGUGCUUAUACUGUGAGAUUAUUUGUCGAUAAGGAUGUCACCUGAAAUGUGCCUUUAAGACGGUGAAAAUGGCUUUAGGAUGCAGGCAACAUGUGGAGCCCCCUUGUUUAGAGGCCAAGCUUUCGUCCAAUUACUUUUAAAGCUGCCAAUGGAUGCUGUCAUAGGUAGAAACUCAGCUCAACUCUCUUGAAAUUAUAGCGCGCUCUUAUCUUGUGGUCAUAAAACAAGUAAAACCGUAUUGUUUGUGAUGAUAAUUACUCAAAUAUUAAAUUAUAUUUUAUGAA